GCUCUGCAUCCCACAUCACGGUGACGUCACGGAGCUUUAUUCUGUCAGGAUGUUGUUCGAUGCGCGCAGAUCAGCGUGAUUACAGAGACGAAAUCAAAGAAAGCAGAGAAAUCCCACAUCUGGGACACCAACAUUGACCAUGGAACUGAAGAAAGCGCUUUCUGAGAGCGACGGGACGAUGAAGACAUACGGCGCGAUGCGCGAGACGAACCGGAGCAGAGACAAAGGCCAGAUGGACGUGUCGAUGGCUGAAAGCUCCAUGACUCCAGACGAGAUCGAGGCAGAAAUGGCUCGUAUUCAGCGCCUGCGGGAGGUUCUGGUGAGACGCGAGUCCGAACUCAGAUUCAUGAUGGACGAUGUUCAACUCUGCAAAGACAUCAUGAGCCUGAAACAGGAGCUGAGGAAGAUCGUGACAGUGCCAGACGCAGAGAAGACGAAGCAGCAGCGCCGGAGAGAGGAGACGUUACUGGUGGAGAUCCAUCAGCUGGUGCAGAAGAGAGAUUUCCUGGUGGAGGACGCAGAGGUCGAGCGGCGGAGGGAGCAGGAGGAGGAUAAAGAGAUGGCCGAGUUCCUCCGACAGAAGCUCAGCGGAAUACAGAGAGCUCCGAAACCACGAACAUCUGAAGUUCCCACGAACAAGCCGUCCCUGAGCCGGAGCAGCGCGGCCCUCAUUAAAGACUGCUGCGGAGCCACUCAGUGCACCGUCAUGUGAACACCACCUCACCCUCAGCCAUAACCCUGUUAAGUCCAUUUGAUGAAUAUGUUAAUGCGUUUGGAUGUGUUCACUGGAGCAGUAAAAGCCUGAGAUUCUGCAGCAUGUAAAACUCAACAGUUCCUCCGGCGCAAGCGCUUCGUUGCAGUCCGGAGGACCAGAAGAGCAGACGUGGGUGUAAACUAUAAAGGUCCGUUCACACCAAGAGCGAUAACUAUAGUGAUUA